UUGUUUCGCCAAUCCCAAUGACGAAAUGCCAUGCCUGCCACAUGAUGUUUCACUUACAAUAAUGACUGAAAGCUUUGAAAAACAGACCCCCUUGGUAAUUACUUUCAAAACAUACCCAGUUCCGGAAAAAGUUUAUAAAAGUGAACCCUGGGUCAAUUUGCCCACAAGCUUAGUAAUAAAAUUCUGUCUUUAUUUUUCAAUCAACCAAGUUUAGAGUUUUUCUAUUGAUCAAGAGGUUUUGUACCUGGAACUAUUUGUAUUUGUAGUUGAAUUUUAUGGACUUCAAAUUAUUCUGAUGAAGUAGAUCUUGGCACUUUUAUGUUUGUAAUUAUUAUUGGGAUUUUGGAGCAACACCAGUCUGAAUGAAAGCUUGUUGCUUGGUGAAAUGUCCAAUUGUUGAUACAGUUAUAAUGAAUUCUCCAUUUGGUUCUCGGAAAAAAGGUGCACAUUUGGAUUUUCUCUCUGUUGCUUUGAAGCAUGUGAAACGAAUAGCAUUAAGGGAUUUCAAUGCUAGCAGUGCUGAAGUUAUAUGUGAGCUUCGAUUUGAUGUACCGAAAAUGUACAAAUUUCAUAAGAAGGAAGCAGAAAUAGUUGAUUUGAUGCAGAAACGGAUAGUGUGUAUUGGAAUAGACGAUAAGAUUGCAAGUAAAAAGAAAAUUUUUGGUACCUAAAAGGAGUAGAAACCUUCUCUAUGUAACAAGCUCUUGCGCUUUAAGUUGGGUGAUGUCACUUCUGUAGUUGUGUGUAUCUAUAAAUUUGAGCAAGUUACAGUGCUCUUUCUGCUUUUAUACGUAGUACAGAGCAUCUUCUUGAAGUUGGUUAUAACAGUUUGUCUGAUUAUGAAACCUGGUGAUGUUUUAAUUAUCAAUGCACGAAGUUGCAUAA